GGCCUUCGUAAGCAGUAACUGACUCUGCAUCCUCAUUCGACGACUCUAACCGCAAAAUAGUGCCCGUACAACCAACCUACCCCAAGAAGCAUCCUUGCCCUUUUUUUUUUCUCCCUCUCUCUUGUCUCCCACGCACAACACCAUCAACAUAUCGGAUAGGUGCAGCGCUAGACAAUGGAUGGGCGUCCCAUGCCGCCCUAUCGGGCUGUGUCCGAAGCAACGCGGCAGCGCGAGACUUUCAAAUAUGAUCCAACUCUACUGUCCACAAGCAAAGUGAACAACAAUGGCGAGCCUCUCCCUAGCUCUGAGUUGACGUCUUCGCAAGAUCUGGUCUUAACUGGACUGGCCCAGUUGGCCGUAUUUCAAACUGGCACUGAGCGGGCAUUCAUUUCGCUCUUUGACGUGGAGCACCAGUAUUUCAUCGCCGAGGCCACUAGAAUGCUCCCCUUGUCGGCAGAGGAUAGCGACCUCGGCCUUUGGAUGUGUGGCACUGCCAUUCCUCGCGCCCACAGCACUUGCGAGUAUACUCUUCUAGAAUCUCACCGCCUUGAGCGACCGCGUGGAGGCCUGCAAAUUGAGAAAGACGCAACUCAGUUUGAUCACUGCGAACCUGACGGUGACCAACUCCCAGUCCUUGUGGUCAAAGACCUGGCAACAGAUCCUCGUUUCAAGUCGAAGCCCUAUUGCCAGCCUGGAGGUGGCCAUCAUUUCUAUGCCUCUGUUCCCAUUCGCACCCAGCGAGGCAUCAACAUUGGCGCUCUCUGUGUUGUCAGCUCCAUGCCAAAUUGCAGAUGGAACAGCCAAUUCUCGACCCUGAUGCGCAGACUCUCCAUGGCCGUCAUGGACCAUUUGGAGGCAAACUUUUCAAAGGUAGCCUAUAUGCGCAGCGAGCGCAUGAUUCGUGGCCUGGGCUUCUUUGUUGAAGGCAAAGCUACAGCAUCUUCUUGGGCCCCUGUUGCUGGCCGAGAAACCUUUACAGAAACCCCAGAUGCGUUGCGCCUGGCCCGGCAAGCACUCCUGGCAGACAGCGAAACCCCCAGCAAACAGCCCAUCUCAGAAGUGGCUGCUCACACAACCCCCAAUACAGAGCGAUCUCUUUCGCCCGAUGGCAAACAGCCGGACCCAAAUCCCAGUAAAGAUCGUCUGCCCAAGCCCGCAGCAGAGACAAAAUGGGCUGAUAGCUUUGUCCCUGGCCCUAACCCAAUGGUCGACACAUUCUCCGAGGCUGCACAAACAAUCCGUGAGUCCCUUGAGACAGACGGCUGCCUUUUCCUAGACUCCUCUCUAGGAUACUUUGGCGAGUAUGGCGGUCGUUCCAAGGGAUCACGAAAGAGCCGCACUGCCAACCCUUCGUCUCGUGAUAAUGAGAGCAGCAGCGAGGAUGAAGAUGAUGACAGCGGGAGUGACCUCGACGAGGAAGGGGACAUGGAUUCGCAGCCCGGUGGUGAUGACAGCAGUGCUCAUAAUACUAAUGGUACGCCUACUGAGUCUGAGGCUAAGAAGUGGCCAACCUGCCAAGUGCUGGGGUAUUCAACAACGGAAAGCCGUCGCAUUGACUUGGAGGAUGGCUCGAUGCGGCGAAUCAACAUGGCCCAGCCAUUCCUCGCAAAGCUCCUUCAGCGGUAUCCAAAGGGUCAUAUUUUCAACUUUGGAAGCAACGGAGAACUGCAGUCCAGUGACUCGUCCGACGACGACGGUUGGGUGACGGAUCUUUCCAAAGACUCUGACAAGCCUGUUCAGCCCGCGCCACAGCAGCCAGUGCCAGACGACGCCUCUCAGUCUAAGCGCCAUAAGCGUCCUUGGGCACGUCACAACGAAGGACGGAUCAUCCAAGAGGUGUUUCCAAAAGCCCGCAGCGUGGCUUUUGUCCCCGUCUGGGACCCCAGAAAGCAGCGAUGGUGCGCUGGAGCCUUCAUCUACACGCUGACUCCGACCAGAAUCUUCACCGUGGGUGCAGAGUUGAAUUUCCUCAAGGCCGUUAGUAUCCUGGCCAUUGCGGAAACGCUUCGUCUCAAGACAUUUGCUGCAAACCAGGCCAAGUCGGACGCCUUGAGCUCGCUAUCCCAUGAACUGCGAUCGCCCCUGCAUGGCGCUGUCCUCGGCAUCGAGCUGCUUCGCGACACUGAGCUGACCGUCUUCCAGGGCAAUAUUGCCCAUACCAUUGAAAUUUGCUGCCGCACGCUGGUAGACACAGUGGAUCAUCUUCUCGACUAUUCCAAAGUGAACCGAUUUAUCCAGGCCAGAAAAACGGGUGUUCAGACGUCGGAGCCUAGAGGGCUACGACCAAGCACUGCACGAUCGGUCGAGGAGGGAAUGCUGAGCUUGUACAAGCAUAUUCGGCUCGAUGGCAUCGUUGAAGAAGUCAUGGAUGGCGUCUAUGCCGGCUUCAACUUCAUGCACAUGGCCUUGCAGCUCGCCAAGCACAAGACUUCUGCCCACGCCUCUGAUUUCACUGCGAUGCGCCGUCUCGACGCCAUGCAAGCUAUGGAAGAACUUGGCUCAAACGGCAAGAUUGCGCUGGGAGAGGUGACUGUCUUCCUUGAAAUCGACCACGCGUGCAACUGGCGAUUCUACACUCAGCCUGGUGCAAUUCGACGCAUUGUGAUGAAUCUGCUUGGCAACUCGCUCAAAUAUACACAAAAGGGCUCCAUCAAAGUGCGCCUCAGCCAGACUAAGCCGAAGCGAAAGUCUUCGGCUGAUGCUGUCGUCAACAUUGUCGUGUCUGACACUGGAAAGGGCAUUGGCGAAGACUACCUGCGCAAUGACUUGUACAAGCCAUUCUCUCAGGAAGAUCAUCUCGCCCCAGGAACCGGCUUGGGCCUCAGUUUCGUGAAGCAAAUCACCUCGCAGCUCAGAGGCCGUGUCAAUGUUGAGAGCCGAGUCAAUGUGGGAACAAUCGUUCGUGUCUCUCUACCACUCAUGCAGACGGUGACGCCGCCUGAUGGCACCCCGCAAGUUGCUGAGAACGAAGGUGAGUUCGAUAAAUACGUGGCGGAGGCAGCGGGCCUUCGUGUUAGUCUGAUGGGCUUCGACAUUGGCAAGAGAGGCAGGCGGCGUAUGUUGGACGGAUCCUACACGGACCUCCAGGUUGAGGUUGAUCGUAACUGUCGCGAGUGGCUUGGUCUGAAGGUCAUCACCGAAGCCGAAGCCAAAGAGAAGGCACCUGAUUGCGUUAUUUGGGUCGAGGAUACGCUCGCCGCCUCCCCGCUGGAAGAGAUCAUGCAUGGGCCUCCUUGCGUUGUCCUGUGUAGAAACACUCUUGUGGCUUAUAAGAGCGCAGCGCAAUUUGAGCGGGUCAAGGCGCACCGAAUCUUUGAAUUCGUUGCACAGCCUGUCGGUCCCCGUAAACUCGCCAAAGCAGUUGCCAUGGCAUUCAGACGCGGCAACGAGAUGAAGUCAAUUCCCAUAUCUCCUGUCAGCCCAAGCCAAGAAUUCACCUCCGCUGUCCCAGAGAUCCUAAGCGACGUCAAGACGCAGCUGCCGACACCAAUUCCUAGUGUCCAGCCCACGCAGAAUCUACAUGUUGAUAAGAACGACACCAAGUCCGUAAAGCUGGAAGAGGCGAGCGAGCCAACUCUUGUCACGCCAAAAGAAGAUGAGGCAGUGCCGGAACCUGAAUUCCUGCUUGUAGAGGAUAACAGCAUCAACCUCGACAUUCUAUCCAUCUACAUGAAGAAGCUAGGCCGGGCUUACCACACCGCCACCAACGGCUCUUUAGCCGUCGAAGCCUACAAGGCGAAUCCGAACCACUGUAAAUACAUCUUCAUGGACGUCUCGAUGCCUGUUAUGGACGGCUUCGAGGCCACGCGCUGCAUCCGUGCCUACGAGCGAGAACAUCAGCUCAAACCCUGCGUCAUCUUUGCACUCACGGGCCUGGCAUCGGAGAGCGCGCAGCAAGAAGCCUUUGGCAGUGGAGUGGAUUUAUUCCUGACCAAGCCUGUCAAGCUUAAGGAGCUGGGCAUGAUUCUUCGGUCCAGGGGCCUUCUUCCUGACGAGCCUCUGGUUGUGGUAACCAAGAAUGGUACACACAUCGCCUAAGUCUGAACCUAUAUGAUACCCAUAAUUGCAUCUUCCUAUAUCUAUUUCUUAUUUCAGUUCCUCUGUCUGCAUUUUCCAUUGCUUCUUAGAUUCACCUUGCAAUAAGCAUUUCAUUUACUACAUGAGCUCGCAUUUUCAUGCUACCCUCCGGCUCGGAUUUCGUUCUGCAAAUCGGUUCGCAAGUCUUUCAAUGUUUCGGUUCGCAAUUUGCUGCAGGAAGUUGUGUGAUUUCGUUUUCACUGCAUCUCAUUUUUUUUCCCGGCAUACGAAAAGGAAAUUCUUUUUCAGGAGUGCCAAGGACAAAGACAAAGGGUUACAAGCCACGCAGGCUGAGUACAAAAAGGGGAUCGGGGUUCC